UUCUGUGUGUGUUCCAGAAUAAGUCAGUGAGUCUAAUAAGAAGUCGUGAUCUGUUCACCAAAAGAGGAAAUCCCGUCUUCUCAUUGCAGCUCCAGAUCUCUGCUGGUGAGACAGAAAACUCCACUGCUUCUUCUCCGAAACACCAUUCAUUGUUAAAUCCAGUGUUUUGGAUCAUGGGAGGUUAUUAUGGGCUGGCGGUUCUGGUGGGCGUGUCCUUGCUGCUGACGACCGGCCAAUGUGACGUGGAUUGUAGAGCGACGGACGGACAGGCGGGAGAGGCAGGGACUCUGGGAAGAGAUGGAUAUCCUGGAGCGAAGGGAGAGAAAGGACAGCCAGCCGUGAUGGCCAGCGGUCCGGUGGAUGCCAGCGCCCUACUGAGGCUGAAGGGGGAGACGGGGAAUCGAGGCUUGCAGGGGGGGAUGGGUCCUAAAGGUUACCAGGGACACCUGGGAGCAGCGGGUAACCCUGGAAAGCCCGGUACCCUCGGCCCAGAGGGGAAAAACAUCGGCCACGGAGGACAGAACUCUCCUCAACAGGCCCGUUCAGCCUUCUCAGUGAUCAGGACUGAUAACAGUUAUCCUCCUGUUGGCCAGGUAGUAACCUUCCAGACUACUGUGGUCAACACACCUGCAGACUUUAACGCAGCCACAGGUCACUUCACCUGCAGAGCAGCUGGUGUUUAUUACUUCACCUUCCACUCUGUUGCCAAGGUCAGCGUGUGUCUGUAUAUCGCCAGUAACGCUCUGACAGACAAGCUGGGAUUCUGUGAUUACAACAGGAACAUUGAUCAGGUGCUGUCGGGCGGCGUGGUCUUACAGCUGACAGUCGGACAGAGGGUCUGGCUCGAGUCCUUUAGGGACCAGCAAAGAGUAACUGAAUUCCGAGACACCAAUGAGAAACAGAUCAUCUUCAGCGGCUUCCUGCUCUUCUCAAAUCCAUAAUAAAGUUCAGUAAAGUACACUCAAUAAUGUCACUGCAGCGUGGAGACUUCAGAUCUGUUCCCUUCAUACUGGCUCAUGUAAACCUUCUUUGAAUGUUGACUCUGAAUGCAUCUAAAACAAAAUUAAAGUUUAUUAUUGAGUGUGCAA